CCUGGCGAUAUUUCUCCAAAGUGUCAAAGGUCACGUAAACAGCAAGGAAGAUGGCGGCACCCGGCAUGUUAGCAAGAGCGACGUGCAGCGCGUUUGGAAGGUUACGGCCGGUUUUCAGACAGCCAAGAAGGUGGCACCGACUGACACCCACAGACGAUGAGCUGUACGUCCGCACCACUAUCAGUCUCCUUGAGAAACAGAACCCACAGGACAUGUUCAUCAGUAACUACAGCGAGCGGGGCUUCACCAUCAGGGGAGACAAGGUGCUGGGGCCGGUCGCCAUCGUUCCUCGCUCCAUAUUAAGCUGGGACGUUGCUGGUCCUGAAGACAUCAACAAAGAAAGUUUAGCUCUCUUCUACAUAUUUGAACCCAAAAUAGAGAUCGUAGUCCUGGGUGUUGGCAAUGAACACAUAAAGCUGGACCCAGAAUUACACAAGUUCAUGAGACAAAAAGGCAUCGCGCUGGAGGUCCAGGACACAGCCCAUGCCUGCGCUACAUUUAACUACCUGGUGAGUGAGGGGAGAGUAGCAGGAGCUGCACUGAUCCCUCCCACGGGCGGAGUCAAGGAAGGACUCCUGGUGCAGCGGUAGCAGGAACUGCACUGCAGAUGUUGUUUGCAUAGUUACUUAGAAAGGCU